AUGACUGCAACGAUGGCGCCAGCGCAGCCUGCCUCAGCCGAACAUAUUCUUAGUCUCUUUCCGGAGAUCAACACUUCGCUUGCUACACAGACACGCUCAGCCUUGAAAGACGAUGAUUUGCAGGGUUACGACGAGGAGCAGAUCCGGCUUAUGGACGAAGUCUGUAUUGUUCUGGAUGACCACGACCAACCGAUCGGCAGCGCGAGCAAGAAAGUGUGCCACCUAAUGGAGAACAUCAACAAAGGUUUACUGCACCGCGCAUUCUCGUGUUUCCUCUUCGACUCCCAGAACCGAUUACUGCUCCAGCAAAGAGCAUCAGAGAAGAUCACUUUCCCGGACAUGUGGACUAACACCUGCUGCUCGCACCCUCUAGGCGUACCAGGCGAGACGGGGUCAACGCUGGACGCAGCCGUGGCGGGUGUGAAGCGCGCAGCGCAAAGAAAACUUGACCAAGAGCUCGGCAUCAAAGCCAAACAGGUGCCCGUGGAGCAUUUCGACUUCCUGACCCGCAUACACUACAAAGCACCCAGCGACGGCAAGUGGGGAGAGCACGAGAUCGACUAUAUCCUUUUCAUCAAGGCAGAUGUGGACUUGGAUAUCAACCCGAACGAAGUCCAGGCGACGCGAUAUGUCUCGGAGGCCGAACUGAAGGAGAUGUUCAAGGAUGACAAGCUCACAUUCACGCCUUGGUUCAAGCUGAUAUGUCAGACGAUGAUGUUCGAGUGGUGGGAACAUCUAGACCACGGGCUGGAAAAGUACAAGGGCGAAAAAGACAUUCGACGGAUGUUGUGA